GCAGAGCACGGUCCGGCAGAGCGAGCGGCGGUGCCGGCUGCCGCCGCCGCAACUUUGUUGGGUGAAAACCAUUCUUUGGACUGGACCAGAUAAUAACUCUAACAGGAAUAAAAAUCUGAAGAAUUCUGUGAACCUACAGCUCUCUAAAGGAAUUGAUGAGCGGGGUUUCACCAUGGCAUGAUUCCUCUGAAGCUGAUCGUGGCAGCCGCCAGGAGUUUUUGCUAAAGCUGUGUGUGCUUGCCUUCUCAGGAAUUUAGAUAGGCUUAAAAGAAUCAUAAGCGAUUGGAUUACAACUCUGACAGUUUGGAGCGCAAGUGAUGUUAAAACAGUUUGAAUGUAUUGGAGCAUGGCUACUUCUUAAAAUGCAGAAAUUAAAGGGAAUUGCAGCUUAUCAAACCCUACUGAAUAUCUGAAUUUUUCUAGACCUCCUGCAUUUAACUGUGUCCUUAAAUAUCCAUGAUUAAGAUCUCAUGCAACCAUUGUAUAUUUUGGAGUCUAUUCUCCAGCAGAGAACUGUGCAUUUAAAAAGCAGAAAUGACUUUGUUUUCUUUUGGAACUUACUAAAGUUGAACAUAUUGAAAGAUCAUGACCAGCUUGAAGCGGUCCCAGACCGAAAGGGCUGUUGCCACUGGGGUAUCAGUCGGGACAGAUGGCACCUCAAAAGUCCACUCGGAUGACUUUUAUAUGAGGCGCUUCAGGUCACAGAAUGGCAGCUUAGGUUCUGCAGUCAUGGCACCAGUUGGACCUCCUCGCAGUGAAACUCCCCAUCAUGUUACCUCUACCCCUGGAGUCCCUAAAAUGGGGGUCAGGGCAAGGAUUGCUGAUUGGCCCCCGAGGAAGGAGAAUAUCAAGGAAACAACCAGAUCUAGUCAAGAUAUUGAUGCAUCGAGUUGCCUUGACAGCAUGUCUUCUAAAAGCAGUCCUGGGAGUCAGGGAAGCUCUGUUAACCUGAAUGCUAGUGAUUCUGUCAUGUUAAAGAGCAUCCAGAGCACACUUAAAACCAAGACCAGACAAUCUGAGAAUCUAGACUCCAGGUUUCUUACACCUGAUGGCUAUCCCAGUUCCCCAAGGAAAGCUCUUCGCAGAAUAAGACAGCGCAGCAACAGUGACAUUACCAUAAGUGAGCUUGAUGUGGAUAGUUUUGAUGAAUGUAUUUCACCCACUUUUAAAUCUGGACCAUCUCUGCACAGGGAGUAUGGCAGCACAUCUUCCAUAGAUAAGCAGGGAACUUCAGGGGAAAGUUUCUUUGACUUACUGAAGGGCUAUAAAGAUGAAAAGUCUGAUCAGAGAAGCCCAGCCCCAAGUAAGCUCAGUGAACUCCUGAUUGCCAGUGGAAGCAAGGGCUCAGGGUUCUCUCUAGAUGUGAUAGAUGGACCUAUUACUCAAAGGGAAAACCUGCGACUCUUUAAGGAAAGGGAAAAGCCACUCAAAAGACGCUCAAAAUCAGAGACGGGAGAUUCGUCCAUUUUUCGUAAGCUGCGCAAUGCCAAAGGUGAAGGGGAGCUUGGGAAGUCUUCAGAUCUUGAAGAUAACAGGUCAGAAGAUAGCGUCAAGCCUUGGACUUGUCCAAAGUGUUUUGCUCAUUAUGAUGUGCAGAGUAUUUUAUUCGAUUUAAAUGAAGCUGCAAUCAACAGGCAUAAUGUCAUAAAAAGAAGGAACACAACCACAGGUGCAUCUGCUGCUGCAGUAGCAUCACUUGUCUCUGGACCCUUGUCCCACUCUGCAAGUUUCAAUUCUCCAAUGGGCAGCACUGAAGACCUGAAUUCAAAAGGAAGUCUCAAUAUGGACCAGGGGGAUGAUAAAAGCAAUGAGCUGGUGAUGAGUUGUCCUUAUUUUCGUAAUGAGAUUGGUGGGGAAGGGGAGAGGAAGAUCAGCCUUUCCAAAUCUAAUUCGGGUUCCUUCAGUGGAUGUGAAAGUGCCUCCUUUGAGUCAACUCUGAGUUCUCAUUGCACGAAUGCUGGAGUAGCAGUUUUGGAAGUUCCCAAGGAGAAUCUGAUCUUACAUCUAGACAGAGUGAAAAGAUACAUUGUUGAACAUGUUGACCUUGGUGCAUACUAUUACCGAAAAUUCUUUUAUCAGAAAGAACACUGGAACUAUUUUGGGGCAGAUGAGAACCUGGGUCCAGUAGCUGUGAGUAUAAGAAGAGAGAAGCCAGAUGAAAUCAAAGAAAAUGGACCUCAGUACAAUUACCGGAUCAUAUUCAGAACCAGUGAGCUUAUGACAUUAAGAGGCUCUGUGCUGGAAGAUGCUAUCCCUUCAACUGCAAAGCAUUGCACAGCCAGGGGACUUCCCCUAAAAGAAGUGCUGGAGUAUGUGGUUCCUGAGCUGAAUAUCCAUUGCCUAAGGUUGGCCUUCAACACUCCGAAAGUCACAGAACAGCUUAUGAAGCUGGAUGAACAAGGGUUAAGUUACCAACUUAAAGUGGGUAUCAUGUACUGCAAAGCUGGGCAGAGCACUGAAGAGGAAAUGUAUAAUAAUGAAUCAGCAGGUCCAGCCUUUGAAGAGUUUCUUCAGCUUUUGGGAGAACGAGUUCGACUCAAGGGAUUUGAAAAGUAUCGUGCUCAGCUGGAUACAAAGACUGAUUCAACAGGUACUCACUCUCUAUAUACAACAUACAAGGACUAUGAAAUCAUGUUCCACGUUUCAACUAUGUUGCCAUAUACUCCAAACAACAAGCAACAGCUUCUAAGAAAACGACAUAUUGGAAAUGAUAUUGUGACAAUAGUUUUCCAGGAGCCUGGAGCACAACCAUUCAGCCCAAAGAACAUUCGAUCUCACUUCCAGCAUGUCUUUGUCAUUGUAAGAGUGCACGGUCCCUGUACUGACAGCGUUUGUUACAGUGUUGCUGUGACAAGAUCCAGAGAUGUACCAUCCUUUGGUCCACCUAUUCCGAAAGGUGUCACUUUUCCUAAAUCAAAUGUGUUCAGGGACUUCUUACUAGCCAAAGUCAUUAAUGCAGAAAAUGCUGCUCAUAAAUCAGAGAAGUUUCGUGCGAUGGCCACCAGGACCCGUCAAGAGUACUUGAAAGACUUGGCAGAGAAGAAUGUCACAAACACACCUAUUGACCCUUCUGGCAAGUUCCCCUUCAUCUCGCUUGCUUCAAAAAAGAAAGAAAAGUCCAAGCCUUACCCAGGAGCAGAGAUCUAUAGUUCUGGUGCUAUUGUAUGGAGUGUCCAUGCAAAAGACUACAGCAAGGGUAUGGAAAUAGACUGUCUCCUAGGCAUCUCUAAUGAGUUUGUAGUCCUCAUUGAACAGGACACGAAAAGCGUGGUGUUCAACUGCUCCUGUCGAGAUGUGAUAGGGUGGACUUCAACGGACACAAACAUCAAAAUAUUCUAUGAGAGGGGCGAAUGUGUUUCUUUGGAGAGCUUAAUCAGCAACAUUGAUGAUAUCAAAGAGAUCGUCAAAAGGCUGGAGCUUGUGACUAAGGGCUGUGAAACAGUGGAGAUGACUCUGCGUAGGAAUGGCCUGGGUCAGCUUGGUUUCCAUGUAAACUAUGAAGGCAUUGUGGCAGAUGUUGAGCCCUAUGGCUACGCGUGGCAGGCAGGACUGCGGCAAGGCAGUCGACUGGUGGAAAUUUGCAAGGUGGCUGUAGCCACUCUGAGCCACGAGCAAAUGAUCGAUCUUCUCAGAACAUCAGUCACAGUGAAGGUCGUCAUCGUCCCCCCGUAUGAGGACUGCACACCACGCAGGAGUUCUUCAGAAAACUACCGUAUGCCAGUGAUGGAAUACAAAGUGAAUGAAGGAAUGUCAUAUGAAUUCAAAUUUCCCUUCAGGAAUAAUAAUAAAUGGCAGCGAAAUGCAAGCAAAGGACAGGGACCUCACGUGGCUCAAGUACCAUCCCAGAUACAAAGUCCAGUAACAUCUAGGAUUGGGAAAGGAGAAGGGAAAAUUCCACCUCCAGAACGAGCAGCCAACAUCCCUCGAAGCAUCUCUAGUGAUGGGCGCCCCUUGGAGAGCAGGAGAUUGUCUCCUGGUUCUGAUGUAUACGUCACUGUUUCAUCCAUUGCCUUAGCAAGAUCGCAACAGUGCCGUAAUUCUCCAAGCAACUUAUCAUCCUCAAGUGAGACUGGAUCUGGUGGGGGCACAUACAGACAAAAAUCUAUGCCAGAAGGGUUUGGAAUUAGCCGUAGAUCCCCUGCUUCCAUUGACAGGCAGAACACUCAAUCAGAUACAGGUGGUAGCGGCAAAUCCACACCCAGCUGGCAAAGAAGUGAGGAUAGUAUCGCUGACCAGAUGGAACCAACAUGCCAUCUCCCAGCAGUAUCAAAGGUACUGCCAUCCUUCAGAGAAAGCCCCAGUGGAAGACUGAUGAGACAGGAUCCUGUCGUUCACUUGUCUCCAAAUAAGCAGGGUCAUUCUGACAGCCACUACUCCAGCCAUUCCAGCAGCAAUACUCUGUCCAGCAAUGCCUCCAGUGCUCACAGUGAUGAGAAAUGGUAUGACAGUGGAGAGCGCACCGAAUCAGAGCUCAACAGCUACAACUACCUUCAAGGGACUUCCGCUGAUAGUGGCAUAGAUACCACUUCCUACGGACCUAGCCAUGGCAGCACUGCCUCCCUGGGAGCAGCAACAUCUCCCCGUACAGGGCUAACAAAAGAAAAAGUGGCACCACUGUGGCAUAGCUCCAGCGAAGUGGUCUCCAUUGCAGACAGGACAUUAGAAAAGGACAGCCACAUGGACCGAAAGACCGAGUCUUCGCUGAGCCUGGAUAUUCACAGCAAAAGUCAACCAGCCUCCAAUCCUCUAACAAGGGAGAACAGUGCUUAUAGUCUUAGUGAUGCCGUCUCACAUACAAGUACCAUGAGCUCACGACACUCUGCCAGCCCGGUUGUUUUCACCAGUGCUAGAAGCUCUCCUAAAGAAGAGCUUCAUCCUGCUACUUCUCCCCAGCUCGCACCUUCUUUCUCCUCUUCCUCUUCUUCUUCAUCUGGUCCUAGGACUUUCUACCCUCGCCAGGGUGCUACUAGCAAGUAUUUGAUCGGAUGGAAAAAGCCAGAAGGGACAAUAAACUCAGUGGGGUUUAUGGAUUCAAGAAAACGUCACCAGAGUGAUGGCAAUGAAAUGGCCCACCCUCGGCUGCGUGCUUCAGCAAGAGAUCUACGAGCAUCACCGAAACGAGCAUCCAAGUCCACUGUUGAAGAAGAGCUGAAGAAAUUGAUAGAUCUUGAUAGCCCAACACCGGAAUCCCAGAAGAAUUUUAAGUCACACACUCUGUCCUGUCAGUCUCCCUUUCCCAGCACUCCUACCACAAGGCGUGCCUUGCAAAGGACUUUGUCAGAUGAGAGUAUUUACAGUGGUCAAAGGGACCACUUCUUCACCUCGCGGGCCUCACUCUUGGACCAAGCCAUGCCAAAUGAUGUACUAUUCACCAGCACGUACCCUUCUCUCCCAAAGUCGCUGCCAUUGCGGAGGCCAUCAUAUACUUUGGGAAUGAAAUCACUACAUGGAGAAUUUUCUGCCUCAGAUAGUUCCCUCACAGACAUUCAGGAGCAAAGACGGCAGCCCAUGCCAGACCCUGGUCUUAUGCCAUUGCCUGAUUCUGCCUCUGAUCUGGACUGGUCAAACUUGGUAGAUGCUGCCAAAGCCUUUGAAGUUCAGCGAGCUUCAUUCUUUGCUGCUGCUGAUGAAAAUCACAGACCUGUGAGCGCUGCCUCCAGUAGUGAUCAGGCUGAGGACCAGCUUACUGCACAGAUAAAGCCUUAUACAGGUAAAGAAUCUCCCCCAACUCUCGCCUCUAAAGUGGACCAACUGGAAGGUUUGCUGAAGAUGCUGCAGGAGGAUUUACGAAAGGAAAAGGAGGACAAGGCCAGUCUUCAGGCGGAAGUGCAACAUUUGCGGGAAGACAACUUGAGGUUACAGGAGGAAUCCCAGAAUGCAACUGAGAAACUGAAGAAAUUCACCGAAUGGGUUUUCAACACGAUUGAUAUGAACUGAGAACAGUAUACGGGGAAGGAAAUGAUCUGUUUUAUUAUUCCUGGGACUUAAGCUUUAAUGUCACCUUAAUCAUGACGUGAAAGUAUAGUCAGAGCACUUCCCUGUCCUUCAUCCUCCAAUGACCCUUUUUUGCAUCUCUGCGUGCACUCAGAACAAUUGCAGAUCAACAAUCAAUGUCUGCCUUUUGUAGAAAAAACAAAGUAAAUAAUUUUAAAAAGGUAAAAUAAAAGUUUAACUGCUAAAA